GGGGCAGGAGGCCGUGCGUGUGGAGACGGAUGGCGGCCGGAAGGGGCCGCCCGUGUGAGGGCAGCCUUGGUAUAGGGUGUCUGCUGCCUUGGACCACCUUAAACCUCCAAGAUUUCUAGUUCCUCAUCCUCCACCUCUCAGUACCACCACCAUGAUGGAUGUGAGUGAACUCGGGGAGUCCGCCCGCUACCUCCGCCAGGGCUACCAGGAGAUGAUGAAGGUGCACACUGUCGCGUGGGAUGGGAAGAAGCGGGUCUGGGUGCCUGAUGAACAGGACGCCUACGUGGAGGCUGAGGUCAAGUCAGAGGCUACUGGGGGCAGAGUCAACGUGGAGACCAAAGACCAGAAGAUGCUGAUGGUGCGGGAAGCAGAGCUGCAGCCCAUGAACCCGCCCCGCUUUGACUUGCUGGAGGACAUGGCCAUGAUGACGCACCUCAACGAAGCCUCAGUGCUGCACAACCUACGCCAGCGCUAUGCUCGCUGGAUGAUCUACACUUACUCGGGCCUCUUCUGUGUCACCAUCAACCCCUACAAAUGGCUCCCGGUCUACACGCCCUCCGUGGUGGCCGCUUACAAGGGAAAGCGCCGCUCGGAGGCCCCACCCCACAUAUAUGCGGUGGCAGAUAACGCCUACAAUGAUAUGCUGCGAAACCGAGAAAACCAGUCCAUGCUGAUCACCGGAGAGUCGGGGGCCGGUAAGACGGUUAACACCAAGCGGGUCAUUCAGUACUUUGCCAUCGUCGCUGCCCUGGGAGACGGGCCGGGCAAGAAGGCCCAAUUUCUGGCCACAAAGACUGGGGGUACCCUCGAGGAUCAAAUCAUUGAGGCUAACCCUGCUAUGGAGGCUUUUGGCAAUGCCAAGACCCUGCGGAAUGACAACUCGUCCCGCUUCGGCAAGUUCAUCCGCAUUCACUUUGGUCCCUCGGGGAAGCUGGCAUCUUCGGAUAUUGACAGCUAUCUCCUGGAGAAGUCACGGGUGAUCUUCCAGCUGCCCGGAGAGCGUGGCUACCAUGUCUACUACCAGAUCCUCUCGGGGAAGAAGCCAGAGCUGCAGGACAUGCUGCUUCUGUCUGUGAACCCCUACGACUACCACUUCUGCAGCCAGGGCGUCAUCACCGUGGACAACAUCGAUGAUGGGGAGGAGCUCAUGGCCACUGACCAUGCCAUGGACAUCCUGGGCUUCAGUGUGGACGAGAAGUGCGCCUGCUAUAAGAUCGUGGGUGCCCUCCUGCACUUCGGAAACAUGAAGUUCAAGCAGAAGCAGCGGGAGGAGCAGGCCGAGGCCGACGGCACCGAGAGUGCUGACAAGGCUGCCUACCUGAUGGGAGUCAACAGUGGGGACCUCCUCAAAGGCCUUCUGCACCCCCGAGUGCGUGUGGGGAACGAGUAUGUGACCAAGGGCCAGAGCAUGGAGCAGGUGGUGUUUGCUGUGGGGGCUCUGGCCAAGGCCACCUACGACCGGCUGUUCCGGUGGCUGGUGUCUCGGAUCAACCAGACACUGGACACGAAGCUGCCCCGGCAGUUCUUCAUCGGGGUCCUGGACAUCGCUGGUUUUGAGAUCUUCGAGUUUAAUAGCUUCGAGCAGCUGUGCAUCAACUUCACCAAUGAGAAGCUGCAGCAGUUCUUUAACCAGCACAUGUUUGUGCUGGAGCAGGAGGAGUACAAGCGGGAGGGCAUCGACUGGGUCUUCAUCGACUUCGGCCUGGACCUGCAGCCCUGCAUCGACCUCAUCGAGAAGCCGCUCGGUAUCCUGUCCAUCCUGGAGGAGGAGUGCAUGUUCCCCAAGGCCUCCGACGCCAGCUUCCGGGCCAAGCUCUACGAUAACCACGCAGGGAAGUCGCCCAAUUUCCAGCAGCCCAGGCCUGACAAAAAGCGCAAAUACCAGGCCCACUUUGAGGUGGUCCACUAUGCGGGUGUGGUGCCUUACAGCAUCGUGGGCUGGCUGGAGAAAAACAAGGAUCCCCUGAAUGAGACAGUGGUCCCCAUCUUCCAAAAGUCGCAGAACAAGCUCUUGGCCACCCUCUACGAGAACUAUGCAGGCUCCUGCUCCGCUGAGCCCCCGAAGUCUGGUGUGAAAGAGAAGCGUAAAAAGGCAGCAUCAUUCCAGACGGUGUCCCAGCUUCACAAGGAGAACCUCAACAAGCUGAUGACUAACCUGCGGGCCACACAGCCUCAUUUUGUCCGCUGCAUUGUCCCCAAUGAGAACAAGACCCCAGGGGUCAUGGAUGCCUUCUUGGUGCUACACCAGCUGCGCUGUAAUGGGGUCCUGGAGGGCAUCCGGAUUUGCCGCCAAGGAUUCCCCAACAGGCUGCUCUACGCCGACUUCCGGCAACGGUACCGCAUCCUGAACCCCAGUGCCAUCCCUGAUGACACCUUCAUGGACAGCAGGAAGGCCACAGAGAAGCUGCUGGGCUCCCUGGACAUCGACCACACCCAGUACCAGUUUGGCCACACCAAGGUGUUUUUCAAGGCUGGGCUUCUGGGCAUCCUGGAGGAGCUGCGUGACCAGCGUCUGGCCAAGGUCUUGACGUUGCUGCAGGCACGGGGCCGGGGCCGCCUCAUGCGCCUUGAGUACCAGCGCCUGCUUGGAGGCAGGGAUGCCCUGUUCACCAUCCAGUGGAACAUCCGUGCCUUCAAUGCCGUCAAGAAUUGGUCAUGGAUGAAGCUCUUUUUCAAGAUGAAGCCGCUGCUGCGCUCGGCACAGGCUGAGGAGGAGCUGACGGCCCUGCGGGCAGAGCUACGGGGGCUGCGAGGGGCGCUGGCCACUGCAGAGGCCAAGCGACAGGAGCUGGAGGAGACGCACGUCAGCAUCACCCAGGAAAAGAAUGACCUGGCCCUGCAGCUGCAGGCAGAGCAGGACAACUUGGCGGAUGCCGAGGAGCGCUGCCACUUGCUAAUCAAGUCCAAGGUGCAGCUUGAGGGGAAGGUGAAGGAGCUGAGUGAGCGGCUAGAGGACGAGGAGGAGGUGAAUGCCGACUUGGCCGCCCGCCGGCGCAAACUGGAGGAUGAAUGCACGGAGCUCAAGAAGGACAUCGAUGACUUGGAGCUGACUCUGGCCAAAGCCGAGAAGGAGAAGCAAGCCACUGAGAACAAGGUGAAGAACCUGACGGAGGAGAUGGCGGCACUGGACGAGUCGGUGGCUCGGCUGACCAAGGACAAGAAGGCAUUGCAGGAGGCCCACCAGCAGGUCCUGGGUGACCUGCAGGCUGAGGAGGACCGUGUGAGCGCACUGGCCAAGGCCAAGCUGCGGCUGGAGCAGCAGGUGGAAGACCUGGAGUGCUCCCUGGAGCAGGAGAGGAAGCUGCGCAUGGACACAGAGCGGGCCAAGCGCAAGCUCGAGGGUGACCUGAAGCUGACACAGGAGUCAGUGACAGAUGCUGCCCAGGAUAAGCAGCAGCUGGAGGAGAAGCUCAAAAAGAAGGACUCCGAGUUGAGUCAGCUGAACCUGAGGGUGGAGGACGAGCAGCUCCUUGGAGCGCAGCUGCAGAAGAAGAUCAAGGAGCUGCAGGCUCGGGCAGAGGAGCUGGAAGAGGAGCUGGAGGCAGAGCGGGCGGCCCGGGCCCGUGUGGAGAAGCAGCGGGCGGAGGCAGCCCGGGAGUUGGAGGAGCUGAGUGAGCGGCUGGAGGAGGCCGUGCGACACGAGGCCACAGUGGCUGCCCUGCGGCGCAAGCAGGCGGAGAGCGCAGCCGAGCUGGGCGAGCAGGUGGACAGUCUGCAGCGGGUGCGACAGAAGCUGGAAAAAGAAAAGAGUGAGCUCCGCAUGGAGGUGGACGACCUGGGCACCAGUGUGGAGACUCUGGCCCGUGGCAAGGCCAGUGCAGAGAAGUUGUGCCGGACCUAUGAGGAUCAGCUGAGUGAGACCAAGAUCAAGGUGGAGGAGCUGCAACGGCAGCUGGCGGACACGAGCACCCAGCGUGGACGGCUGCAGACGGAGAACGGGGAGCUGAGCCGCCUGCUCGAGGAGAAGGAGUCUCUGAUUAGCCAGCUGAGCCGUGGGAAGGCCUCGGCCACCCAGAGCUUGGAGGAACUGCGGAGGCAGCUGGAGGAGGAGAGCAAGGCCAAGAAUGCGCUGGCCCACGCCGUGCAAGCUUUGCGGCACGACUGUGACCUCCUGCGAGAGCAGCAUGAGGAGGAGGCCGAGGCACAGGCCGAGUUGCAGCGGCUGCUGUCCAAGGCCAACGCGGAGGUGGCCCAGUGGAGGAGCAAGUAUGAGGCAGAUGCCAUCCAGAGGACCGAGGAGCUGGAGGAGGCCAAAAAGAAGCUGGCCCUGAGGCUGCAGGAGGCAGAGGAGGGUGUAGAGGCCGCACACGCCAAGUGCUCAUCACUGGAGAAGGCCAAGCUACGGCUGCAGACGGAGUCAGAGGAUGUGACCCUGGAACUGGAGCGGGCAACCUCAGCAGCUGCCGCGCUGGACAAGAAGCAGCGGCACUUGGAGCGGGCACUGGAGGAGCGGCGGCGGCAGGAGGAGGAGACGCAACGGGAGCUAGAGGCAGCCCAGAGGGAGGCUCGCAGCCUGGGCACCGAGCUCUUCCGGCUGCGGCACAGCCACGAGGAGGCUCUCGAGGCCCUGGAGACCUUCAAGCGGGAGAACAAGAACCUACAGGAGGAGAUCAGUGACCUCACAGAUCAUGUCAGCCUCAGUGGGAAGAGCAUCCAGGAACUGGAGAAAGCCAAAAAGGCGCUGGAAGGGGAGAAGAGUGAGCUCCAGGCCGCACUGGAGGAGGCCGAGGGGGCUCUGGAGCUGGAGGAGACCAAGACCCUGCGGAUCCAGCUGGAGCUAUCCCAGGUCAAGGCGGAAGUGGACCGGAAGCUGGCAGAGAAGGACGAGGAGUGCACUAACCUGAGACGCAACCACCAGCGGGCAGUGGAGUCCCUGCAGGCCUCCCUGGAUGCAGAGACACGGGCCCGCAAUGAGGCACUGCGGCUCAAGAAGAAGAUGGAGGGUGACCUCAAUGACCUGGAGCUGCAGCUGGGCCAUGCCACCCGCCAGGCCACGGAGGCACAGGCAGCCACACGGCUGCUACAGGCCCAACUCAAAGAGGAGCAGGCGGGGAGGGAUGAGGAGCAGCGGCUGGCAGCUGAGCUCCGGGAGCAGGCACAGGCCCUGGAGCGACGGGGUGUGCUGCUGGCUACGGAGCUGGAAGAGCUGCGGGCUGCAUUGGAGCAGGGCGAGCGCAGCCGGCGGCUUGCAGAACAGGAGCUGCUGGAGGCCACCGAGCGCCUCAACCUCCUGCAUUCACAGAACACUGGCCUCCUGAACCAGAAAAAGAAGCUGGAGGUGGACUUGGCCCAGCUGAGCGGAGAGGUGGAGGAGGCUGCCCAGGAGAGGCGGGAAGCUGAGGAGAAGGCCAAAAAGGCCAUCACUGACGCGGCCAUGAUGGCCGAGGAGCUGAAGAAGGAGCAGGACACAAGCGCACACCUGGAACGGAUGAAGAAGACACUGGAGCAGACGGUGCGGGAGCUACAGGCACGGCUCGAGGAGGCGGAACAAGCUGCCCUCCGAGGUGGGAAGAAGCAGGUGCAGAAGCUGGAGGCCAAGGUGCGGGAGCUGGAGGCUGAGCUCGAUGCCGAGCAGAAGAAGCAUGCCGAGGCCCUCAAGGGGGUGCGGAAACAUGAGCGCCGGGUCAAGGAGCUUGCGUACCAGGCCGAGGAGGACAGGAAGAACCUGGCUCGCAUGCAGGACCUGGUGGAAAAGCUGCAGAGCAAGGUCAAGAGCUACAAACGGCAAUUUGAGGAGGCGGAGCAACAGGCAAACACUAACCUGGCCAAGUAUCGCAAGGCCCAGCACGAGUUGGAUGAUGCGGAGGAGCGGGCAGACAUAGCAGAAACCCAGGCCAACAAGCUGCGGGCACGGACUCGGGAUGCCCUGGGCCCUAAGCACAAGGAAUGAUGCCUGCUGUCCGCCCCCUCACCUCUCUCUUCAUCUGCUGAACCCUGAAUAAACGCCUCAUCUACAGCUCCAGCCUCAGGAGGGGAGGGGAGCACACGGUCCCACAGACAAAAGUCAGGUUCACAUCAAUCAUUUAAAAUAAAGUUCUUUAAUAGUCUCCAUUU